AUGGCUGAACCCGAGCCGUUUUGGACCAUCCCCGCUCAUUUAUCAGAAAAGGCAAGGAUUCGAGACGCGAACGUCUUCUUCUGGUGGACUUCUCACUCUAACACUGCGCUCCUAGCAUGUCUCAACGCGGAGGUUACUCCGGUGACAGUCCAGACGGUGCUCCGAUGGAUGGCGUUGGGCGCACAGUGGAGUCGUGAAAUGGUAAUCAAGAAAGUGCGUUUGAGGCAACUCGGACCUUUCCUCUAUCAGGCUCUGCCCAGGUCUGAGCAUCCGCUGGAUCGCUCCGUAGUCAUCGAGCCGCAGGAGAUCUAUGGCUUUUUCCAUCCUGACCCGAAAGUGUACCUACAUUCGCUGCCUUUGUACGGACUCUAUUAUAGAGAAACUCUUAAGGCAGGGAUUCAGGCUCAGGAGGAAAUCGAGACGAGCACACCAGUGCCCCAAUGGUUUCUGGAUAUGUACUUCCCGAACUUUGCCAGCGCCAUAUCUCGUCCUCUAAAAAUCGAGGAUCUCUGGAAGACGGAGGUCAAAUGCAUUUUGCCUUUCGGCGAGCGGCCCCACAGUUCUGAUUCCGACCCGAGCUUUACCAGUGACGGGAACGUGGUUCCCAUGCGUGGAGAUGUGUAUGAGCUGUGGUUGGGGAACAUGUUCAGUGUUGAUGUCGAUGAUGACUACAGAAUUCGCACCUUCAGUCGCGCUGCGGCCAAAAUUGGCUUCCCCGACAAACUUGUCGAUCCGGACAAACGUUGGGCAACUUUCUUCCGUGAACACAUGCGUUACACCAUCUCAGUGGCGUUCUUCGGAGGGGAUUUGUAUAUUGAGACUCAAGGGCCUGAAAAGCUCGCGCUCAUGGGCGCGGCGCGUCGGGGCGACUUCUCCGACUCCGAGAAGUGGCAGACCGCUCUGGGUCGUGAGAUAAUGCAGGGCACGCUGGCAAUGGAGCUCCGUCGUAUUGGUGGUAGAGAUGAUGUUGAAGAAGACUAG